AUGCCGCUCGUCGUGCCGGGAAUCAACUCGAAUGACGGAAGCAAGGAGGACCAGAAGAUGCAGUGGAUGAAUAAACUCGUGGGCAAGAAGAUCGAUGAGAGCUCGCACAGCGAGACUACGUUUGCAAAGACGGAUCUGCCAGAAGAACACCGCAUCAUUGCGCCCGGAUCGAUGGUCACCAAGGACUUUAGAGAAGAUAGACUGAAUGUGCACGUCGAUGACAACGGCACGGUGACGCAUGUUGAUUACAACUAG